AUGAUUCCGCAGAAAGACGGCCCCGACUCAGGCGGGUUCAAGAGCCUGUUGCAGCAGCAUAGUCCGCAGUCUGCCCAGCGUGCACGGCCUGCCACUCUUCUUGCCUCCCAGCCUUCCACCCAGCAAAAGCGGCACAACUCGCAGAGUUACGUUCUGCAGAAGAUGUCUAGCAAGAGAGGAGCCUUUAGCACCCCGUCCAGCAAGCCGCAGUCGCGAACCAAAGAGCAUCAGACACCAACACCAACAAUCGUCGCGGUGGACGUUCCAGGGUCCCCAAAGAGCAAGGUCAUCGGCAAAUUGAUAGAGCCUGACGUGAGCAUCGAGAACCUGAGCGAGCUAAACGAUGCGCCCGUGACCCGUGGAAGUGACCCGCAUUCGAACUCGCCAGAGUCGAUUCCCGACAAAAUACCUCGAAAUCGCAGACCGAGUACCGACACCGUUCUGUCGCAGCCGCCAGUCACUUUGCAACAGCAGCCCCAGCGCGUCAUCACCGAGGAGGAACAUAUCUUGGCCUCAAACCUUCAGGAAACGUACAAAUCGAUCCUUAAACUCGAGAUUGAGACCCAGCAGGGAUGUGCAGAGGUGAACGAAAGACUCAUUGAAAACGACGCCAGUGUCGAGAUCACGCCCCAACUGUGGCACGUGUACAAGAACAUUGUCCAGCUGUUGGAUCACUACUACGACUUCCUACUGUACGCGUUGUCUCCAACUUCAGCGCGGGCCGGUCGUCCAUUGGUGACUAAUUACCGCAUUCUUCGUCGUAUGUGGGUCUACGGCGUGGUUUCGUUCCUAGAGGUGCUGAAAAACGUUGCGGCCAUUUUCGUCGACCAUGAGGUCUGUGGCUGUUUCAUAGCAUAUGCAUUCAACAUCAUCAGCUGCCUAACAGACGCCCAGCUUGGUGUCGAAGGCUGGUGGGCCGAGAAACUGGGCGAUCUGUCCAGAAUGGCCAUUGCCCUCUACCCAGCUCGCUACAUGGACUGGAAGAUCUCCUCUGUUUACUGGUACCAACUGGCCAUGCGCACUCAAUUCGGCCAUGGAAAAAUCUACUACCACAUGUGCACCGUCGAAAGCGACAACUUGGAGGCUCUCGUGGAUAUCGGCAAGAGUGUCACCUGCAGAGACCCGUUUGCGCCUACAUUGCAAUACCUGCGACUCAUCGUGGACAACGUGUGUGCGCAACGGAACAUUCUUAGCUCUGUCGAGAUGGCCAUGAUAGAUUUCGUCAAGAUCCACAAAAUCUUGCUCAUGCCAAAUUACAACACAAACAUCGAGAUGGCCAACCUGGUGUCACACUACUCUUCGCAUUUUGGGCUUGACAGCUCCAGCAUCGACUAUUUCCAGUUAAGAGGCGACAUGAGCUCGGCUCUUUCCAGCGACAAGCUCAACUUCUGGUUCCAGAAAGGAGCCAAUUUUGCACUUUGCAACAUUAAUCACUUGAUCGGGUUUGGAGACUGCAGAAACCCGUUUGCUAAGCUCUUUGAGCUUCCCGAGGCUCUUAAACAACGCAAGGACAAGAAGGACAAACGCAGAAAGUCCAAAACAGAGACAGGAGAGGAGAUGAUCCGUCCAGCAGACUCAGAGGCCAUUUACAAUUCGACGGCCGCAGAACAGGAUGAAAACUCCUGGUUCACUCUUCUGGACUUUGUCAACAAAGGUGUGAUCGAACUCAGCAUGAACAUGUUGAAACAGUAUCUUUCAGGACCGUUGCCGUCGUCGACUCAACAUGUUAUUGUGUGGCUUUAUUUUAUCGCUGCCGUUGGAAAGGCCACACAGAAAUACCCAGCGUCCAAACCACUGUUCAGCUACAUUCUAUCGCGUUACAUUCCGUGGAUGAAGCUUGUUCCGUACUUGAACGACAUUCUUUUCAUUGUGCGGUCAUCCAACGAGACACGAGCUGUUAUUGAGGCACAGUCCCACCAAGGAGACAUUCUAGAUUACUAUUCCGGAAACGAAAAGCUCUGGGAGGUUUGGAAGUGCUGGGGAUCUAUCUGGUUUGACCAGAUCUCCAUGAAAACGGACUACCAGUCUAUUUUCGACACCGGUGUCACAGGCUACAUUUUCGACAUUCCAACGGCAGGGCUCAGAUACGACCCGAAACAGGACACUAUCAGAUACUUGCGCAUAUACCACUUGGGCUCUUACAUUGCCGACAACUUCCCUGAAUUCGGGUUGGUCAAGGCGGGCUCAGUUUUCAAGUACAAGCUGGACCAGAACGUGGUUCACCAGGAGCAAAGCAACGCCAGUGCCGGGUACUUUUCGCAGGACGCUCGGUUGCUGAGUCUGAUCGAGCCACUCAACCCAAAGAUUUCUGUGGAUACCCAGGAGGAUCCAUGGAAGGCCAUCACGACGGACGAGCUUCCAAGCUGGGAGUACAACUCGCACGGGUUCAUGACCGAAUACGUGAACAAACAGGGCUUGGGUUCUGUUUCUGGGUCGGCAUCCGACUACAGCAACUUCAUUGGGAUUGACGACUUGGAGGAUGAGGAGUACGAGGACUCUUCAGCCGACGACAGUUCCGACAAGCCUGUUGCUCCGUACGCUCCUACGAGAGUGAGUAUUGUGGGGAACCUGGGCGAGAAGAUGGACACUGCCAUCACCAACAUUUCGCUGGACACCAACGCGUGGCUAAAGCAUUGCGGCAAGAUCUACAAGUGUGUGCGGUCGGAGUUGUUUUUGCUGUCGAUCCCGCUAACUGUGUUCCAGGAGCUUCGGUCGCUGCGGAGAUCCGCAGAUAGCUCCGUGGCGGAUUCUGCUACCCGGGCUGUGAUUAUUGUGCGUCAGCUGUACACCGAUAAGCAAGUUGUUCCAAUCAGGGCUGACGGUACCAAGGCGUCGUCUUUGAACGAGACGCUGGAGUUUGAGCAGAACCAGAACUGGCGCAACAACACCGACGAGAUCAUCAUGAAGGCGGUCAAGUUGAACGACGACAUGAGCAAGAGCGUGCUACUGGGGCUGGACGCGGCGGUCAACUCGGGCACCCAUACCUUGGACCGACUGGAGGCAAGUGUUUUCCGCUACAAUGUGCUUGUUACUGACGAUCGGAACAUGGCGAUUCGCAGCAAAGCCAUUGGGCUGUUUACGGUGACCAGUGCAUGGCUCUUUGAGCAACUAGAUAAGACUGCCAAUGGCCGAUGCACUGAUUAG